CGUUUAUAUUAUUUACCAUCUAUUGCAUGGGCGGAAUUAUUACGAGCUAUACAUCGUAUGGGAGCCACACAAGAAGAUAUACAAUCUAUUGUAGAUAUCAUUACAGAUCCACAACGUACAAAACAUGCCAAUGCCCUUAUGCAGGAUACGAAUGUAUGGAAUGCUUAUCUCGCUGUGAGUGAUGAUCAACAUGCAUUAGAUGUCUUUUCAAACAAUUUUAAACAUUAUGGAGUAAAGGAAACAGCAGCCACAAGUGCGGCAUUAAUGGAAUCUCUUCUUCGCAAUAAAAAAUGGGAGAAGGCACUGGAUAUUUUUCAUCAUUUACAGAAGAAAGAAGGUAAUAUUAUCAUUGGAACUGCUGGUGUAUUCACUGCGGUGUUUGAUGCCCUUGCCCAGAAGGGGGAUUGGCAUUCAUUGACAGUACAACUCAUAGACUUUGAUCACUUUCUCAUUCACUUUGGGGUUCCACAUACAUGGUGGCUGAACUCCCCAUUAAGACAUACUAUUAAUAAUAAUAAUAAUAAUAAUAAUAAUAAUAAUAAUAAUAAUAAUAAUAAUCCUAAUGGGGAUAUAUUAUUUAUUAGUGAAAGAGAGUUUCAGGCAUGGAUCUCAUUUGCACGAGAAUUGCUGGAUUGCAGUAAUGUAACUCCUGCACUUGUUCAUUCCAUACAUAAUGCCCUCGUGGCCUGUGAUCCUCGCAGAAAACAGAAGAAUCAAAAACAAGAAGAGAAAGAAAAGGAAAGAGAAGGAGAUUCAUUAGAGAAUAUGAUCACUGCAGAGAGUUUACAUGAUCUUCUUUGA